GCGAUCCGUCAAAUGUUGAAAAAUUUUCAUUAAAAAUACUUCCUUGAAUUUUAUUAUUUUUGAUUUAAAAUAAAAUAUUCAUCCGAUUUUCUAUUUUGCAAUUGUUUAAAAAUAUUUUAAAACAAACAAUUUGCUUGUAUAAAAUAUUAAAAACCUCUUUCAAAUCAUAACGAAAACGGUUAAACUUCUAGUAACGAGACGAGAACGAAAAAAUAUCCAACAACGAGUAGAGAAAAACCAAUCUUUCACUCGACACUCAUCGACUAGAAUCGAGUCAAACAAAAUUUUACUAUUUACUUUCAAUUUUGCACAUAAAUAAAUCAAAAUGCAAGUUCAUGGAAAGCAAUCAAGAAAACUAUUAAUUGAUGACCACGACGCGGUGUCACAUUUUAUUUGGUGUAUCAGGAAGCGACCUCCUCUCUACAAUUACAAACUGCCAGCGGAACAGCGACGACGAGUAGAUGUUGCCCGGAUAUGGCAGGAAGUUGCAGAUGAAAUUGGAAAUGUAUCGGCUGCCGAUUGCCGAAAAAAAUGGAAAAACCUUCGCGACACAUACCACCAAUAUCGUUUGCGAAAAAUGAAAUACAAGGAAUGCCUUGAAAAGUGGCGAUAUACCAAAGACUUGGAAUUCCUCACAAACAUCUAUCAGCCAAAGUUAAAAUCUGAAAGAGCUGAAUUUUUAAAAACUUCUUUUAGCAACACUUCGAGUUCCAUUCAAGAAGUCAAGACCUCAGAUAUCUCUUCUUUGAUUGAACUCGAUGAAGAAGAUAACACCCAGGAUAAUGAAUCUUUCUCCAAGGACAUUAUAAUGCAUCAGAAUGAGAGUGCUGCAAGUGUCGAUUUCGAUGACGAAAACAUUGAACAUAUCGAAUUAAAUGAGAUGCCAUUUAGUCGAACGACAAGAAGUAGUGUGAAAACUGUUGAUGCAGUAGAAGACACUUAUGAAGAAGUUUUUCUAUACGAUGAUACUAAUGUUGUUGAUAAUGUUGAUGAUUUGAUAAUUGAGAGUAAAGAUGAUAUUGUGAAAAAAUCAACAUCUCCCAAUAAAUCAAUGGGUGUCUUAUUUGAAUCACCAAUUGCAUCACAGAGUCAGAACACAACAACUCCGAGUGAUAUAUUGACAAUUGGAAAUAAAAAGGAUGAAUUGGAUUUGUUCUUUCAGUUUUUAAAAACUAAAAUUCAAAAUUUGCCCAGUGUGGAUAUAACUGCAAUUCAAAUUGAAUUUUUGAAUGCUGUGUUAAGGAGAGAAGCUGCUCAUUUAGAAAAGACAAGCAAUACAAAUACUUUAUAAAUAUAUUACCUUUUAAGUUAGAGCUCUUAAUCUUAAUUAGUUUUAAAAGUUUCUCUUCAUUUGUAUGAUUAAUCGUAGUCUUAUAAUAAAUUUAAUGAAAAUUUCAUUUUAUCUUAAAGUUA